CGAGAGGUUACGAAUGCUGUAUUGUAAAGUGCGUCACGCCUAUUUAUAGAAUGUGUAUACGGAAAUACGAACUAGGACAGUUGCACUUCUCUUAUACAUUAUUAUUGGGAACAACGAGAUAACUGAAACGAUAACAGCAAAUCAUGGAAUAUCCUGUCAACGUUUACUCCGAUGUGUACAGAGACAAUCACGCUAAUGGCCAUCAGGAAUUAGCAGAGUUAGGAUCCACCUGCAACUGGUCGGAACUAAUUGAUUUUUUAAAACAGAAUCCAAGUUUUAUUAACAAAAGUCGUCUCGCGGUAAGAGAUGGGCCUCUUUCCGAUCUGAAUACUCCACUUCACUGGGCUGCAAUCGGGGCUGCCCCUUGUGAGAUCUUUGAAGAGUUAAUAGCAUUGGGCGCGGCGAAAUCGUUAAAGAACUCCGAGGGGAAAACAGCGUUUGACAUCGCAGCAGAUAUAAUUGAAGAUGCAGAACUGCUUGACAUCAUUCGAGUUCCACCAGAAAUCACCGAGAAGGCGAGUGAAAUUGAAAAGUUAGAGAAAGGUCUGCAUGCAGCGAUUAAAGGACGUGCUGAUAACUUGAUUACGCAAAAUGGACAAGUUUUGCCCCAAGUGGGCUUUCUGUUUGAGAAGAAAGAAUUCUGGUUUCCGAUUUCCGGCAUGUACGGCGGGUUUUCAGUUUCACUAUGCGAGAAGGGCAUUGAAACGUCUAGCUGGUGUCGCGUAGCAGGGGGCAGUGGACAGCGCCACGUGAUUGACAGAGAGGGAAAUGUAGAGCUAGAAGAGGAAGGCUUUGUUUAGCUUAGGAUAUGGAACGCAUUGAUCUUUAAAUAUUGACUGAUUGUUAAUUAUACAAUUACAUACAUAUGAAUCAUAUUGCUCUGUUAAAGUUUUGGUUUAUACUUUUAGGCAGAGAUCUCUUUAGAAUGGCUCAAUUAUAUUUAUAAAUGUUGUAGAUUUUAUUAUACAUAUCCUUAAUGCAGGCUUGUCACACUGUAUACAUGUUAAAAGUAUUAUCUAUAUAAAAUUAUUUGUAAAAUUAUUAUUCCAAAACAUAGUCAGUUGUUUCUGUGUCAGUCUUCCAGUUUAUUAAGUACCUUGGGGUUAAAUUGAUCAAAUAUGAAAUGAGGUCGCCUUGGCGUAACUGCUUUGGUGUACGCUUAACGAUCUGGAAGUCACGCGUUCGAUCCCAACUUUUGAAGCGUUUUAAAGAUCUCCCGGCCAUUGAUAUCAUUGUACGGUUCUACUCAGGACACAAACCCCAGAGCAUUUCAAUAAGUCUAAAAUCUUUAAAAAAACGAUCUUAAUUAAAAAUGUUUACAAAAUUCAAAUAUGCAGACUCAACAACAUAGUUAAGUUAGCACAGUUUUGUUUACUGUCUUUUAUAUCAUUUUCUCAGUGAAUUACUCAUAUUAAAACAUUAUGCUAAAUAUAUAAACCGAUGCAGCUGUACCAUCAUGAAUUCACCGUUAUCAAAUAAAGUGACUGUGUCCAAAG